AUUGCAGCUUGCUCAGUUGCUGACAGUGAUUGCUGCGCAAUCGGGGUGGCAAACGGUUGUGCGGGCCACCGUCCGCUGCCUGAGCUCUCAGGUGAGGCGCAGAUUGAGCAUUUGAGAUCUUGCGAUGGCGUCUCCUUACCCGGGCGGCUUCGCUUCCCCCCCUGGCUCCCAGGGCCCUCCAUUUUCUGCCCGCCCCGCCCAACCUGGCGCCCCCGUCCAACAGAGCCCACCAAUUGGCAGCUCUUUUGCCGGCGCCUCUCCUAUGGCCGGUCCUUUCCAGCCCCCCGGCACGGCAGGUCCGCCGUUUGGCACCCCCCCGCAGCCUGCCGCUCCCUACCCCGGGGCUGCUCCCAGCCCAGCUGGAUCAGCGCAGGGCCAGUACGGAGCCUCCCCGCAGAGGCCCUCAGGGCCGUAUCCGAUGGGUCCCUCUGCGCCGGCUGGUGAUGCCUACGCAGGGAGGCCUGCGGGGCCACCGGGUGGUGCGCGGCCGUAUGGACCCCCCCAAGCACGGCCAGGGUUUGCAGGGCCGCAGGGAGGCCCUUCUGGCGCCCCAGGUUAUGGAGGACCGCCACAAUUUGGCGGGCAGAUGCAGCCUGGGGGCGGCCAAUUCGGGCAGGCGCCGCCCCAGCCAGGGAUGUUUCGUCCACCAGGGGGCCCAGGGAUGAGCGCGGGCCCUCCCGCUGCGCAGCCGGGAGGCUUCCCCGGGGCCCGCCCCGCUGCAGGGCCCCCUCCCCAGCAGGCAGGACCUCCUUCGGCGGCGCCAGGGUAUGGGCCGCGGCCAGCCGGCCCGUCUCCCCCUCCUCCGCAGAUGGCGGGGCAGCAGCAGAGCGGGUACGGCGGCCCCGGCAGCCAGCUGGGUGGGGCUUUCCAGAACCUGCAGAUUGGCACAGGCUCCCCGUCCGCCACCGCUCAGCACCCAUUUGGGACCGGCGGCGCGGCAGCGGCAGGAGCGCAGCGCAGGGUAUACCCGCAGGCAUACACCACCGGGGGGCAAGGGCAGCCGCCAGCCAAUUAUGCUCCCCCCCCCGGCAUGCCCAGCAUGACCCCCCCCGCCCCCGCACGCAUGGCCGCCCAGCCGCGCACCUCCCCCACCGGCCCCAGCCAUAUCGACCCCACACAGAUCCCGCGCCCGCAGCCCGCGGAGACCAUUGCGGUGUUUGAGACCCGCGUGGCGGGCGCCGCGAACCUGCCCCCUCCCGCCACGGGCGCGUACCUGGUGCGUGACACGGGCAACUGCAGCCCGCGCGUGAUGCGCGCCACGCUCAACCAGGUGCCCGCCGCGGAGGACCUGCUCAAGACGGCGGGCAUGCCGCUGGCGCUGCUCGUGCAGCCGCUGGCGCUGGGCGACCCGCGCGAGGAGGCGGUGCCGCUGGUGGACUGCGGGGAGGCGGGGCCGGUGCGGUGCAGCCGCUGCAAGGCAUACAUCAACCCGUUCAUGCAGUUCGUGGACCAGGGCCGCAGCUUCACCUGCAACUUCUGCAACAUGAAGAAUGAGACGCCGCGCGACUACGUCAUGAACCUCGGCCCAGACGGCAGACGACGUGACGUGCUGGAGCGGCCGGAGCUGUCCCGCGGGAGCGUGGAGUUCGUUGCAACGAAGGAGUACAUGGUGCGCCCGCCCAUGCCGCACACGCUGCUCUUCCUCGUCGACGUCUCCCUCAACGCCGUCACAACAGGGUCAACCGCGGCGUGCUGCAGCGCCAUUGCGCGCGCGCUGGCCGACCUGCCGGACGCGGACACUACGCGCGUGGGCGUGGCCACGUACGACUCGAGCAUCCACUUCUACAACAUCAACCCCAGCCUGGCGCAGCCGCAGAUGCUCAUCGUGCCGGACGUUAAGGACCCGUACGCGCCCCUGCCGGCCGGGCUGGCGGUGCCGCUGCCCGCAGCGCGUCAGCACCUGGGCACGCUGCUGGAGGCGCUGCCGUCCAUGUUCCAGAGCAACCGCGUCGGGGACUCCGCUAUGGGCUCCGCCGUGAAGGCCGCCAUGCUCGCGCUCAAGGCCACGGGGGGCAAGAUCCUCGUCUUCCAAGCAGUGUUGCCGUCGCUGGGCAUCGCCUCGCUGAGCGCGCGCGAGGCGGAGGGCCGCACGGGCGGCGCGGUGGGCGAGAAGGAGGUGAACAAGCUGCUGGCGCCUGCGGACAAGGCCUUGGAGAAGCUGGCCACCGAGGCCGCCGAGUUCCAGGUGUCGCUCGACGUCUUUGUCACUGCGCAGGGCUACUGCGACGUGGCCAGCCUGGCGGUGCUGCCGCGGCUCACGGGGGGCAGCCUGUACACGUACCAGCCGUUCAACGCGGCCGCGGACAGCGCCAAGCUCUACAACGACCUGCGCUGGAACCUCACGCGCCCGCAGGGGCUGGAGGCGGUCAUGCGCGUGCGCUGCUCACAGGGGCUGCAGGUGGCGGACUACUCGGGGUCGUUCUGCCGGCGCAUCCCCACCGACGUGGACCUGCCCGCGGUAGACUGCGACAAGGCGCUCCUGGUGACGCUGCGGCACGAGGAGAAGCUGCCCGAGACGGCCGAGGCCGCCUUCCAGUGCGCGCUGCUCUACACCACCGUCACCGGCCAGCGCCGCAUCCGCGUGCACACGCUCGCGCUGCCCGUCACGGCCGCGCUCGGGAACCUCUUCCGCGGGGCCGACCUGGACGCGCACUUCGCCUACUUCCUCAAAACAGCGGCGGCGGACGUGCCGCGCGUGCCGGUGCCCCAGAUUCGCGACUCGAUCACGGCGCAGACGGUGUCCAUCCUGCACGCAUACCGCAAGCACUGCGCCACGAGCAGCAGCGCGGGCCAGCUCAUCCUGCCCGAGGCGCUCAAGCUGCUGCCGCUCUACAUGCUCGCGCUCGCCAAGAGCCCCGGCCUGCGCACUGACAUGCGCCCCGACGACCGCGCCGCGUGGCUCGCCAAGGUCGCCGCCCUGCCCGUGCCCCUCGCCGUGCCGCUCGUGUACCCGCGCAUGUUCGCCGUGCACGAGCUGCCGUCCGACGGCGCUGCCGCGGCCGCGGGCGGCGCGGGGUUGCCGGCGGUGGUGGGGCUGAGCAGCGAGAAGUUGGAGGCGGAGGGCGUAUACCUGCUGGAGAACGGCGAGGACGCGUUCCUGUGGGCGGGCAAGGCCGCGGCGCCGGACGUGCUGGCCGCGCUGUUUGGCGUGCGCAGCCUGGACCAGGUGGCGCCGGGGCAGCUGCAGCUGGCGCGCCUCGACUCGCCGCUCUCGCAGCGCCUCAACGACCUGGUCGACGAGAUCCGGCGGCAGCGCUGCUCCUACCUGCGCCUGCGCAUCCUCAAACGGGGGGACCCCCUGGAGCCGGCCUUCUUCCAGUGCCUGGUCGAGGACAAGGCGCAGUACGGGCAGUCCUACGUGGAGUACCUGAUUCACAUACACCGGCAAAUACAAAACAAGUUCAACUGAAUGCACCAAAGUUACACCGCAAAUAAGAGCCAGUAAAAUCCGUUGAGUUAGAUAUACCAGACGUGAGUUGUGCAAUGCUCUUUCGAACUGACUGUUCUUAGCUUCCUUACGCGGUUCACAUCCAAGCCAUGACCGAUGCUGCCAGAGGAUAGGCUGGCUUAGUUAGCCAGUCUGGGUCCGAGUAAAUACGACUUACUUUCAAGUUUGGUAUGACAGAGAAAGGCGGCUUGUCGUUUCCGGGUUCGAUACGUCCUUGCCGGCC